AGACCUUAAGGCAACCAGCGAAACCGAAAGUCGGCCUGAUCUGAUCUUAUCGUCUAAACCAUCCUGGACUUGAUCAACAAUCAAAACCAAAAUGAGUUACGAACAGGGCGGGGUGGUUAAGCCCGCGGCUUUCGAUGGUCAAAAAUACACUCUCGGAUUCGCUGGCGUCGGUACACUGAACUCGGCGUUGGUCGCAGGUUUUUGCAAGGCGUACAGUAGCGGUUCACCACUAGUAGGUGAAAAUCGAUCCAGCACAAGUACAACCACAAGUACAAGAUGUAAUGUCAAGUUUCCUUUGUAUCUUUCGCCACGCGGACGCCAGCAUGUUGGGUCAUUGGCUAAGGAGUUUGGACCCACGUGCAUCGCGGCAUGUGCUUCUACCCAAGAAGUUUUUGAUGCUUGUGAUGUUUUCUUGGUGGGUGUCCGACCGCCUCAAAUAAGCGACUUGCUCAAGGAUUUGGACUUCGCUGGGAAAAUACACCGGCAGAAGAGAACUAUUCUCGUAAAUUUGCUGUCGACCGUUAAAAAUUAUCAGUUGAAAGAGCACAUAGUGGAGCGAAUUAGAGUAGCACCGAAGAACGAGGAGGAGGAUCCGCAAGCUCGUCUCGAGAAGCACAUAGAAAUCGUGAAAGCAGUACCGCUACCUCCAGCACGGCACUUGCGUGGGUGUACCGUAGUAGCAGUCGGAAGUAAAGACUCAUGUACGGCAGCUGAAAGCCUUGUUGUGGGAUUGUUUGAAUCUGUAGGGCAUGUCACGACCUGCGUAGAGACUGAGUUGCCAGUGUUUCAAGCCAUUACUGGGAUGAUGGGGCCGUUCUAUCAGCAACUCCAUUGGCUAGAGUCUUUCAUGGCCGAUGUAGGAGGGGUCGAGCGUCGGGAGGCAACGAGAUAUUUGACGGCGUUUUUUCGGAGCAUUCUCACAGACAUCGAUGUUGGAGACAAAGAUGCGAACGAUCAUGACAAGGAGAAGGCAAUAAAAACCGGAAGAGGGGUAUGAGAGCAGUAUUUUCACUUAAGUGAUGACUCUCUAGAAUUUGAAGAAGUCUGCGGACCACUUCAGCUAGAGUAAGGUGAUUUGGAGGUGGUUGCCGUGGCAGCGGCGCCACCUCACAAUAGAGGGGAGGCUGGCGGACUUUGUUCCAACGGCUCUGCACCACGCUCACCGCCUGAGCCUCUCCCAGAUAGCAAGCGCGAUGCCAGUGACCCGUAGCGAGCAGAGACAGCAAGAGCAUGGACAUUUUGGGGAGGCCGUUCCAUCUUUGCUACCUUGGCGAUGUCGACUGGUGUUGGGUUUGGGUUUUGCGUGGAGGUGGCUGCCUGGUGCUGACAUCCCGAAAUGCCGCCGAGAGUUACAGGCUAUUGGAAGGCCCGCAGAAAUCCGGCAGGCCGUCAAGGGCACCGCCAUCGCCACUGUCAACCCCCUUGUCAUCAACGUGCUGCCGGGCUGUGGCGCGUUUCGGUGGGUUGUCUCUGUCAUCCAGGUGGGCAGCUAUGUCCGGCUGCCAGCGCCUCGUGUCUUUGUGUCUUACACGGACCACCAUCAAGACGCACGCAUGGCGUCAGGCUUGCACAGGUUGACCAAGGCCACGCCUCAGCGCAUGCCAGCCCCAGGCGUGCGUGCGUGCGUCCGGCGCUCCUUGUCAGGCUAUGGGGCUGCAGGAGGCAGCUUGGCUUUUUUGUGGGACUCGGGUCGCUUCAAAGUAGAAGCCCGAGGAAGGUCGGCUUUCGUCUUCGUGGCCGGGGGCCUUCGUCGGGUGGACCAAUCUACUUCGCAGCCGCAACAUCGCCGCCGAGGCUUCCUCUAUUGCGAGGUGGCGCUGCUGCCACGACAACCACCUCGAACCGUCCUCACUUUAGCUAAAGUGGUCCACAGACAUCUUCAAAUUCUAGAGAGUCAUCACUGAAGUGAAAGCUCUGCUCUCAUAAGGGGACGACCACGAUGCUGCUUCGACAUCAGCAGGAACUUCGUCACUGAUGGCUCUCACAGCUUCUCAAACAAAGGGUGGCAUAAACGAACAGGCAAUGAAGCUUUUGCGGGAAAAGUACAAUCAUAGAGAAGGUGUCGACGCGACAAUGCAAGUGCUUCUGGAGAGACUGCAUGCGGCGUAAAGUGACCGCCGCGCGGCCAUUCACGUGUAGUGAAGAUGAGAAAGAAUAACGUACCCCAUUGUGAGGUAGGGGGUGUUGUGUUAACAUCAUGCCUGAUUGGGUAUACACCUUCGGGGCAAGACUACAAGGCUAGCACGGGUCUUAGUCAGUACAGACCAUCUCCAUAAGCGAGUGCCAAUCCGAGGCUGCUCGGGGUCCAACUAGCACAUGACUGCUCCUCUCAGUAGAUCUCACUCUCGCCUUGUCACUGUGAAGUUCAUACUCACGGUUAUCUUAU